UAAAAAUUGAAUUAUGUAAAAAUGUGUACCGGGAAGUUAUUGGGCCAGUUGUUAGUCCUGUUUUUGAGCGCACAAACUAGCUAUACAAAGAUAAAUGAUAAGAAAUUGCUUCGCGUCGUUGGAGGACAAAGUGCUUCUUAUAAGAAAUACCCAUACGUAGCAAAACUGGACAUUCUAACCAUUAUUGGAGAUGAUGCUUACCGAGUACCCGUUUGUACGUGUUCUAUAUUAACACCAACCUGGACUUUAACAUCAUCUCACUGCUAUGUAAAUUUGAACGGGCAACCAAAUGCUACCUUAAUGGUAUGGUACGGCAGCACUUUACCGAUGGUAAAAAAUGAAAAAUUAAGCAAAGUUCUUAAGUUUAUAAUUCAUCCAUCUUACAAAUUAUUGGGUGAUGACGACAACGUCUAUAGUUUGGAAAAUGAUAUAGCGCUGUUAAAAACAGACCCAAUAAUAUUGCCUAAAUAUGGCAGAGUCAGUUCUGUAGAUUAUAUGAGCCUUGUGGGCUUUAAAGCAGUUAUAGCUGGUUUUGGGAUAACCAAUUAUACAAAGUUAAGCGAAAUGUUUUUCGCCCACACCUUAGAAUUGAACAUGCCAUUACAAACUCUCAAUGUACUUAUAAGACGUUGUGAUAGUGAUGCGAAAAUAUAUCCAGGACUUUGUUUAGCCAGUAAAUGUAGAGAAUCAGUCGGCAUUUGCGCAGGAGAUUCCGGAGGUCCACUUAUCUAUAAUUCUCGGAUCGUUGGUUUAAGUUCAAUGGGAGCUGAAGAAGACUGCAAUAAUUUAACUGAAGAUCGGUUUAAACCUCAUUAUGUAGGUUUUAUUACUGCUGUUAGUCCCUUUACAGAGUGGAUUGGAAAAGUUAUAAAUGAAAAUGCUAAGGUCUCUGCCCAUCCCGAUGGGGAAAGGGUGUGAUGUAUAAAUGAUAAUAAUAAAUAACGCAGAUAUAAGAUGGACGAUAAGAAAUUACUUCGUAUCGUCGGAGGACGAAGUGUUUCUUAAGGUAAAUACCCACAUGUACCAAGACUGGAACUUUUAAAAAUUAUUGCAGCUAAAACUCACCGAUCUCACGUUUAUACGUGUUCUAUAUUGACAUCAAUCUGGACUUUAUCAGUAACUCACUGCUCUGUUAACUUAGCAAAGACACCUAAAUUUACCUUAGUGACACGGUACGGCAGCAAUUUUCCGUUGGAAGAAAAAGGAAAUUCCAGUGAAGUCUUUAAGUUUAUACUUCAUCCAUCUUUCAAAUUUUUGGGUGACCCACAAAAAUGUAUAGCUUGGAAAGUGAUACAGCACUAUUGAAGACCUAGUAAUAUUACUUAAAUAUGGAAGGUUAGGAAAUAUUUCGUAGAUUACAUGAGCCUUGUUGGCUUCACAGCUGUUAGUGGCCGGUUUUGGGCGAACAAAUUAUACAAAGUUUAAUGAAAUUUUGUUCCGCCACCAUUGAACAUGCCAUUGCAAUUUGCCACAAAGUCUCAAUGUGUUUAUAAAACGUUGUGCUAGUGAUGUCUCUGUGAAAACAUAUCCACGAAUUUGUUUAGCUAGAAUUUGUGGUCAAACAGUCAGCGUUUGCGCAGGAGAUUCCGGAGGUCCGCUUAUCCAUAACUCCCGGAUCAUUGGUGUAAAUUCACUGGCAUCUCGUAGGGACUGUAGUGAUAAAAUUGAAGAUCAUCAUAAAAGUAUCAUUUCUGCAGCUAAUCCCUUCACAGAGUGGAUUGGGAAGGUUAUAAAUGAAAGUGCUGUGACCUCUUCACACCCUGAUGGGGAAAGAGGGUGAAGUAUAUAAUCAGAAAUUAAUCGCAAACAUUAAGCCGGCCGUGAAAUAAUAACGUCAGUUGAUUGCAAUUAAUUCAUUCCCUUUCAAGUAACUCCCACAAAAAGCUUAUCAAUGUGCAGCGAUAUUCACAUCAUCGACAGACACUUGCGACAGACGACCCAUCAAUAUAUUAGGAAACCGAUUCAUGUAAUUUAAGCCGGCGAAUAUGUCAGUCGUAUUGCUAUAUAGUUCACCUUUUAUUUCACGUCCCAUUAGGUACGUUGGGAUUGUUGUUCAUGAUAGAGUCAUCAUGAACAAUAAUCUGAACGCCGUUGCACCAUGUCGUUGGUAGUGCCCCAGCGUGCAUUUCUUUGCUUUGUGUAACUUGUACGAAUUCCCUAGUUUGAAACUUUUUAAAGAUAAAAUAAGUGCGCAUUUGACUUCCAUCUCACCUGAUGGAAAGGAACGAUAAGGUCCACGAUGAAGCAUGUAUACACACUUAAAUAAUACCUAUUCUCUCUCGCCUUGAAAAGACUCAAGCGUUAGUGGAAAUAAAUCUGCAGGCAAGGAAUUCCUAAUAAUAAUAAACCACGCACUCAUAUCCCCGCACUAGGUAAACCCUGUAUCGCGGGUCAUAUGUCCACAUAGAUAACCACAAAUUACACCCAAACUCACGAGAGAAAUAAAUGUAGGCCAUACAAAUAUUUCUCCCGGCUCGGGAAUCGAACCUGGCACCGAGGCAGUUUACAAAUACAUAUUCAUAUUCCAUUAAUACAAAUACAUAUUCUAUUUAGUUCAGUUGAUAUUAAAAAGAACCGUUGGAGUACCUGUAAAAUUUCGAGGUAACUUUGUAUUCUUUUUCUGUAUAGUAAUCAGUAUAUUUUACUAUAUUGUAUGUAUUUUCCAAAGUAAUUGUUUAAACACUUUCACUGUUAUACGAAAUCAACCAUUUGAGUUAGAAUAGACUCUUAAGUAUAACAAUAAGGUUCCCCAUUUAUAGAUAAAUUUCAAAUUUUGAAAGCCAUCUGCAACUGACUGGUUAAUUAAAGGAAGAGUUAAUUAAAACUGCGUUCUAUUUCCAAUAUUUCCCCAGCUUAAAAGCUGUUAUAAAUAGAGCUUUUUGCAGCUGCAUAAAAGCUAAAAACUUUUAAAUGAGUUGCUAUGCCAAACGCGUGUUUUUUUACUAGUUCCAUGGUUUUAGACGCCAUAAUUUUGAAUGAAAGUAUUUUUGGGAUCUAAAUCGUAAAUCUUUAUUUUUUCAAACAAACAA